AUGAAACCUAGGCACAGUAGUUAUGCCUCUGACAGUGAUAACAGUCAUCAGGCGGUUUCCGUUCCUCCGUCCAGAAUGAAAAUUUAUUUCGACGCUCUUCGACCUUGGUCUUUGCCAGCCAGUUUCACACCAAUGACUUUGGGAUUUGUACUGGCCCACAAAACUGUAGGUGAAUUCAGCAUCAGUCUGUAUUUGAGCACAUGUCUUACCAUACUGUCAUUACAUGCCGCAGGCAAUCUGAUGAACACAUAUUUUGACUUCUGCAAAGGCGUUGAUACCAAGAAGAGCGACGACCGAACAUUGAUAGAUAGGAUACUGCACCCUAAUGAUGUCGCCAAAUUUGGAGCAUUCUUUUAUGUUAUGGGAUGUGUUGGAUUUCUACUUCUCACUUGGAUGUCGCCGUCAAAGUUUGAACACUGUGCUUUGUUGUAUUUAGGCGGAAUGUCCAGCAGCUUUCUCUAUACGGGCGGCUUGGGGUUAAAGUACAUUGCUUUGGGAGACAUCGCUAUAUUUCUCACAUUUGGACCACUGACUGUGAUGUUCUCAUACUUGGCACAAGCUGGGGAGUUGUCGCUCGUGCCACUGAUUUACGCCAUUCCUCUAGCUCUGAACACAGAAGCAGUUCUUCAUGCCAAUAACAGUCGGGAUAUGGACACAGAUAGAGAGGCAGGAAUCAUCACAUUUGCCAUCUUGAUCGGCCCGACUUUAUCAUACAUUGUCUUUGUGCUGCUGUUGUUUGUGCCUUACAUCUGUUUUGUUUUGAUGGGUAUGUAUUACUCAGCUUGGAUGUUUCUGCCUGUGGUGUCUGUCCCCAAAGCAUUCGAGGCUGAGCGAUUGUUUCGUGAACAUAAGAUGAUGUAUCUUCCCCAGAAUGUAGCUAAGCUGAACCUUGCUUUAGGACUACUGUAUUCUAUCAGCUGUUUUGCAGCAAAGAAAGGAGUUUUACCUCACCUUUGA